CCCCUCUCUCUCCCUUCAAAUACUGACGCAAACUCGUACCCAAACCCUCUCCCAAAUCUUUACUUUUCUGUCUUUUAUCUCUGAAACACAACUCUCUCUCUCUCUCUCUCUCUCUCUUUGUACUCUUAGAAAUGGCUACUAAUCUCCUUGCUUUGGGUCCCGUCGCAAUCAGAGCGUCGGCCGCAUCUGGUCCCCAGAGAUCCGACCCGAACCGUCGGAAAAGCUCGUCCUCCUCAUCAGCCAACUGGUGGACCCCCCUCUUUGGGUGGUCGUCUGAGCCCGACUACAUUGGCUCUGAGAGUAAAGCGGAAGAUAUGCAGUACAAAAAAGAAGGCAGAUGGGAGUCGGAUCUCGAGCCAAAAUCAGCGAGAUCUCGGUUUGCUCCUGGUUGCUUUACUGAGAAGAAAGCGAAACAGCUUCGCAUGUUGACUACUGAUAUGUCAUCGUUUCACGAUGCUAUGUAUCACUCAGCGAUCGCGUCUCGGCUCGCUUCAGACUUCAAGAACCGAUCCGAUCGGUAGUCCUGGGGCAUCUAUGGCUAAUAUCUGGAUCUUGAUGUAUUUCCUAUAUUUGAAUUUCUUUUUUCUAUAAAUAGUUUUGUGAGUAAAACUUAAUCUGGCUUGCAAACUUAAUCUGGCUUGCUAUUUUUCUUGAUGAUGCUCAGUGAUGCAUGGCGUUGUUGAUUGGUUAGUUGUAAGAUAUGUUUGAUCAUGUAAUUAUUUAAGCUGAACUGCAUCAGACCAAAGCUCUGUAAACUAUUAAUACACAAAUUUGAUGAAAUUUCAUUAUCGUUUUAA